GGGGCAUGUAUGCAAAUAAACCUUUCCAUCGACAAUUAUUAAACUCUUGAUGGGCCCCACAAUCAGAAGUUGGGGGAGCAACAAAUAUUUCUAAUCCUGAUUGAUUUUCUUCUUUGAAGAUGAUCCAUCCAUGUCAAAUUUAUUAUUAGAUUUUUUUUUCCGCCGUCAACUCUAACGGAGAAGCGACGUCAACUCCUUCUCCUUCCCACAAAGGAUUAUUCGAUUAUUCGUUAAAAUCCAAACGGCGCAAAUUAUCAGCUCAGCUAGCAAUCAUUGUCCUACACACUUCUCUACUCUUCCAGCUAUCUCUGCAGCUCCUCCUCCUCCUCCCCCCCACCCCUUCCGCCUCCUACCCCACAUACUCCAUCGUCGAAUCUUCGCCGGAAAACCCACCGGAAAAUCUCCUCUUUCAAAAUCAAAAAUCACCAAAAACAGGAUUUGGUCAUUCCUCCGACCGAAAACGAGUGUAAUCAACACCGCCUUUAGUUUGAGAUCAACUGAUCAAUUCGAAAUGUUGUUCAAGACUACAAUGAAAUCCUAGUGUAAUUAAUAGUUAUUAUUCAUGGAUAUGAGCAACUUUAGGCCUGAACUCCACGUUGCGCAGCAAAGCCGUCGAGACAAGCUGAGAAUCCAGCACGAAUCGAACGGGCCCCAUCACAACAUAGAAGUUUACAUCAACAAUUUGGAGCAGCAGCAACAUCAUGGUCUAAAUAAUUACGAAUCCGCUAUCCCUCGAACUUUCCGACCCGGAAGCAUAUGCUACAACCCAUCGGAAAUCUGCCCGGAAGUCCUCAAUUUCCCGCCGGAAAAUCAAGAACCGGAUAAACGGGCUCCGUUCGAGAAUUUCUACAGGGAAAUUCCAACCGCAGAUGUGAGUAAUGACCCACAAUACUUUAACACAUGGAAAACUGUCGGCUCGCAGUCUACCACCACCGAUAAUAAUUGGGUGCCUAAUGAUAAUAAUAAUACUCAAAGCCCGAUUUUUGUCGGAGCUCGUAUGUCGACAUUGGACAAUGUCAAACCUUAUCUAGGAUAUCAAGAUAAUCAUAACAUGCAUUGCACCUCUUCAUCACUCUACCAAAAUGCACUGCAAGAACUCGUUACAUCUUCGAACGUUCGACCUUUCGGUUUCGAAUCGGCUUCUUUUAGGCAAAUGGGCCCGCAAGACACGCGGGCCCUCUCGUUGUCCCUUUCGUCAGUUCCGUCUCCAAGAGUGCAUGCAACUCAGAUUGCUGACCACAUUCAAGAAACGGUUACCUGGAAGCCGGAAUUUUCGACUGCCGGUGGUAGCAACUUGGCGAGCGCUUCGACUCAUCGGAAUCCGGGCCCGCUUGGUCCUUUCACGGGCUAUUCAACCAUUCUUGGGAAUUCGAAAUUUCUGAGGUCAGCGGAGCAGUUAUUAGACGAACACUGCUGCGGGUCCCGGCAUAAGAACGUUGAUGUUUGUGAGGUGUCGAAUAAGAUUUCGGAGGUAGUUAGGGUUUCGGUUGGUGAUCUUGAAAAUGAUCUAGAUGGUGUCGGUGGCUCGUCAUUUGCGUUCAAUGGCUCAAAUGAUUCUUAUCAGCCCGAAAGUCUUCAGAAGAAGGCGAAGCUUAUGUACAUGCAGGAUGAGGUGUGCAAAAAGUAUAAACAGUACCAUCAGCAGAUUCAAAUGGUGGUUUCAUCCUUCGAAUCCGUGGCGGGACUUAGUGCUGCAACUCCGUACGUUUCUUUAGCUCUAAAAACGGUGUCCAAGCAUUUUCGGUGUUUGAAAAACGCAAUAACGGAUCAGCUUAAAAGCAUGAGAAAUGCAUUGGGGGAAGAACUAAUGUCACCCUCCGUUGACACAAGAAGUAUCAAAGGCGAUGCUGGUGGUUCGAUGUUGAAGUUUUUUGACCAUGGCUUUAAUAAGCAGAAAGGGACAGCUGGCGGUUUAGGCAUUCUUGAAAGUCAACAUAUUUGGCGGCCACAGAGGGGCCUUCCGGAACGUUCCGUCUCGAUUUUAAGGGCGUGGUUGUUCGACCAUUUUCUUCAUCCGUAUCCCACAGACACCGACAAGCACAUGUUGGCCACACAAACCGGCUUAACAAGAAACCAGGUUUCUAACUGGUUUAUCAAUGCUCGAGUUCGUGUAUGGAAGCCUAUGGUUGAGGAAAUACACAUGCUAGAAACCAAAGGAGUGUCCGAAACAGGAUCAGGAGUACUAUUAAAUGCUCCAAAAACCACAAAUCAUAACGAAGGUUUCGACCAAUCAAACGAAAGCAGCAACCAACCAUUGAAUAGGCUAAAAAUGAGUUCGAUUAUCGACAAACAAAUGGUGGAAUAUUCCUCGGCCGAGCAAGAAGAUGCCGUUGGAUCGAACGUAAAUGUGUGGAAUCAAGAAAAGCGUUCUCGUGUAGAGUAUCAUGUUCCGUCGGGCCCCACCCCCGAUGGAUCAAUGAUGGAAUAUUCCUUGAUGAUGCCUCCUCACCGAAGUGGGCCCGAGAUGGGUGGGCUUGGUUCGGUUUCACUUACGUUGGGAUUGAGACAGAGUGCCGAGAGUGGUCAACGGUCACGUUUUGGAGGUCAGAUUAUUCGAGACUAUGUUGGCUGAUUAUAUCUAUAUAUAGUGUUAAUGUAAUGUAGUCUCUUUAAUUAGCUGCAAUAAUAUUGGGUGCUUUGUGGGAUUUUAAGGUAGAAAUAGAAAAGCCUGAGAAAAAGGGAAAAAAAAAGUCGAAAAUCGAAAAUUUCAAGAAAAAGAUGCAAUUUUUAGUUGGAAUACCGAUGGAGAAAAUGUGCAUGUAGUGGUACGGUGAUAUAUAUUUUGAAAACAAAGUGUCGAAAUAUGGUUUCUUGCGGCUUAUAUAUAUAUUCGGAAUUUUUGGUGUUUGGUUUUGAAA